GCAUGCGCAGUCCGGGGGUUGUAAGUGGAACUCGUCAAUAAUCUGGUGUUUUUUCUUUCUGCUCAUCUGAGCCACAGAGUCUCACUGUUGCCCCUGCAGCUCCACAGACAGCGCCACAGACAGACUGAGCCACAGACAGACCCGCAGACACACGGACUGAGCUCCACUGGGCUGCGGUCAUGAGCUUCUUCGGCUUCGGUCAGAGUGCGGACAUCGACAUAGUUCUGAAUGACGCCGAGACGAGAAAGAAAGCGGAGCACAAGAGCGAGGACGGCAGGAAGGACAAGUAUUUCCUCUUCUUCGACGGAGAGACGGUAUCGGGCAAAGUCAACGUGACGCUCAAGUACCCCGGAAAGAGGCUGGAGCACAACGGCAUCAAGAUCGAGUUCGUGGGGCAGAUAGAGCUGUACUAUGACAGAGGAAACCACCAUGAGUUUGUGUCCCUUGUGAAAGACUUGGCUCGGCCAGGGGAGCUAACGCAGUCGCAGACAUUUGACUUCGAGUUCACACAUGUGGAGAAGCCCUACGAGUCUUACACCGGUCAAAACGUCAAACUACGCUACUUCCUGAGGGCGACAGUCAGCCGCAGACUUAAUGACAUCAGCAAAGAGCUGGACAUUGUGGUUCACACACUCAGCACCUACCCUGAGCUCAACUCCUCCAUCAAGAUGGAAGUGGGCAUCGAGGACUGUCUCCACAUAGAGUUUGAAUACAAUAAAUCAAAGUAUCACCUAAAAGAUGUGAUCGUAGGCAAGAUUUACUUUCUCCUGGUGAGGAUUAAGAUCAGGCACAUGGAGAUUGAUAUCAUCAAGCGGGAGACAACUGGCACAGGACCCAAUGUCUACCACGAGAACGACACCAUAGCAAAGUAUGAAAUCAUGGAUGGUGCCCCAGUCAGAGGAGAGUCCAUCCCCAUCAGACUGUUCCUGGCGGGCUACGAGAUGACGCCCACCAUGAGGGACGUUAACAAGAAGUACUCAGUGCGGUACUACCUCAACCUGGUGCUCAUUGAUGAGGAGGAGAGACGCUAUUUCAAACAGCAGGAGAUCACUCUGUGGAGGAAAGGUGACAUCGUGAGGAAGAGUAUGUCUCACCAAGCGGCCAUCGCCUCGCAGCGCUUCGAGGGCUCCUCCAAUCCAGAGAAGUCUCAGGCCCAAAGCUACGAAGAGGACGAAAGCUAAAGCCCAGCAUGCAAUUCACCCGCCGCCUAGUGAGUGUCUGAGUAAACACAGUGCAGAAGCCGUCAGCGGAGUCUGAUUGUGAAUAUCAUGUUUGCAUCAAGAUAGAAUGCACUGCAGUGUUUUUCAGAACGUGUGUGUGUGAGAGAAUGAGAGGUUUUGAAAUAUGACUGUGUGUUUGUCAAGGAAACAAACGGUGAGAUCCGGCUAAAGCUGUAGUUGCAAAUAAUUUCAAGUGCAUGUUUUAACCAUCUUGGAGUACCAGCUUGGUGGAGUUUACCACAUAAAGACUAUUGUCAUUAAACACUAGACAGUUUAAAUUAACUUAAAGUGCUUACUUCAUUCUUUGGCUGUUUAUUAUACAGUUAUUGAUCAGGAUAAACUUCACCUAUUAGAGACACGUAAAUAUAAUUUGCAGAUACUGUUUGAUACCUUUAAUUCUCAUGUGUACGAAUGACGAAACUGUGGCAGAGAGCCACCUCGGGGGGUUUUCUAACGCAAGCUUUCCUUCCCACUGCUUACUUGGCUGGACGAUUGCGCUGUGCAGAACCUGUAGUCAAACUGUAGAUUUAUAAAAAAGAAAUUGGUAAAAAGUUGAUCUAAUAAUACAUUUCUGUAUAUCCGCUCACUAUAAUGUGAAACUAAUUCAUUUAAGAUUUUUUUUUCGUGCCGUGUGCUUUGCUGAGUAACAGCUCCUCUCAUUUGGUUUUAAUUAAAAAGUUCAUAGAAUUUGCUUCCUCAUAAGAAAAAAAACUAAUACCUUCUUUUGUAUUUGUAUAGGAAAAUGCUUCAAUUAUUUUCAUACAUUCCAGGACUCAUCAGAAACAGGCAUGUCGAAAGAGUAUUUAUUUUUUAUUAAUAGCCCAUUUUAAUAAAUGAUGCAUCAGUUAGUUGUGGGUCAGUUUUCAGGUGGAGCCAUUGCUGCUUCUUAAAUAAAAAUGUGAUUCCUGAUCGCUUUUCUGAUUUGCACUAUAGUCUCAUAAUGUUUUGUUUUUUUUCUUUGCUCUCCGUGCUGCUUAUGAACUGACUGGACUUGUGACAGGGUUCAAAAUAACAGUAAAAGACAGACUUCACUUUCCCAGAGUUACACCUCAAAUCUGAUGUAGACAGUAUUAGAGCUGUGCACAGGGACAAAGACGACACAGAUGUUGGUGAGUCAUGACUGCCUGUAGGCGAGUUAGCUUUGUGCCUAAGGGUUUAUUGCCAAAACGUUUCUGUGCAAUACCAGAGAUUGACAAGCUGCAAAGUUAAAACUGAGUUUAUUGCAAAGAUGGUUUCCAAUCAUUUCAUUUGGAAAAGUGAAUGUAUGGGUAAGGCUGCUCAGUCAUAUUGAGAAUUAAACUGCAUUUCAGAAACGGAAGAAUCCCAAACUAUUUUUUAAACAGUAAUAAUUCUGUUUUUUUCCUGCGAUUUGUCAGGCAGAGAAGAUAAUGGACUUCCUGCGCCAUAACUUCCUUUUAUUUUGUUUCCUUUAUAAAAAUAGAUUUUUCCGAAAAACAUUAAGAGGGCACGAGUGAAUAUAAAGUCUGAAGAACUGAAACCAUGCCCAACUCUCAGCUUGUUGUCCUUACAUUGCCCUAUAACCUGCAGCCUUUUGCCCGACAACCUUCUGCUGUGCACCUUUGCAAAAUCUAUCACUGUGUCUCAUAUUAUAUAUCCAUACUUUUUCUUUUGCAAAAGGUCAGAUUUCUAGUGUGCUGCUGUGCUAAAACAUGUCCACUGUCACCAGGCGGCAUAUUUUUUAUGUGUAGCCUGCUCCUGCUAGCUUUUGCAGGAUUACAAAGCUUCAAUCUUUACAAAGUAUCAACAACACAGAGAACUUAAGGUGCUGACAGCUGUGUUAAUACCAGUGUCACUGAAUCAGGGAACAGGAGGCAAGGACCAGUUUUGGGCAACCCAACCUGUCCUACAACUGGAAGAACAGGCUGGGUGGUGAAGAGCAUGCAUUAUAUUAUACCUGAACUAAAAAUUUACGUGACAUGCUCAACCUUUAGACAGAAAUACGAUUUAUUAAUAUCCACAUCCUUGAGGUAAUGUAUGUUGUGAUUUGGCACUAUACAAAUACAUUUGAAUUGAAUCGGCUGUUUCUCAAGAAAGACAUAUUUGUUCUACUAAACUACUGCUAAACUUCCAACUUGUAUUAAGAAGCAAAGGCUAAUAGGCAAAAGUAAUCUUUAGAACAGAGAGUACUUACUAAAUACCUACUAAAUUAUAGAAAGUUCAAACUUGAAUAGAGCGACAUGACAAACUACUAAUAUCAGUCUUUUUAAUCUAUAAAAUCAGAGCGGUAACAAAAUCAGAGCGGUAACAAAAUUACCGAGACUCUAAACCAGCUAUAUACAAAAUUCCAGACUAGCCCCCCCCCCCGCUCUUUGACCCCUCCUUCAAACCCUUUCAUACAGUCUCUAAAUUGUGUAGAUUGUAUUCUCCAUUAUUUCUCUGCCUAAUUCAGUGUACUUUAUUUUGCUGCUUGCUGCCACUGAUCCAACACUGAAAUCUGUUAAAGAAAAGCAAGUUACUUUCAAGAAACCCAAAGCAGAUCUUUAUGUGUCUUGUUAUUUAAAUUUUCUGCCUGUACUGGUACAAACAUGCCGUAGCUAAACUAACCCAGAUUGUAAUAGAAACUAAACUGAGGUUAAAAUGGAGAAGAGUAAUGAAAUGUACAGUGUACUAUAAAUGCACAAUAUAAAUUAAACCUCCUUUUUAAUUUUCUUGUCAUAUUUUAUCUUCCUGCCGAUAAUUGUUGAUUUGAAUCAUACAUUCCUGUUUUACCUGAAUUAAAAGGGAGUAUCCGAACAACA